AUGGCCAAAAGGAGUUUUGGAGGUAGCAUGGGUCUCAAGUUGGACGUUCAAAAAGCUUUUGAUACACUUGAUUGGCAAUUCCUAUUUGAUGUUCUAAAAAAAUUUGGCUUUCAUGCCAAAUGGAUAGAUUGGAUUCAAAAAAUCCUAGAAUCAACAAGGCUGUCUAUUGUGGUUAAUGGGGGACCAGUUGGGUUUUUUGGAGUGGAAAGGGGUCCUAGGCAAGGGGACCAGCUCUUGCCUAUGCUGUUCAUUCUUGCAGAGGAAGUUCUUUGUCGCGGUUUGAAAUCAUUGAGGCUAAAGGGUCUGGUGAAGGGUUUGCAGGGACCAAGAAAUGCGUUUACACCCUCACAUUUGCUCUUUGCAGAUGACUUGUCUAUUUUUAUUAAAGCUGACUUGCAUGGAGUGAAACAUCUGAGAAAAUUUUUAGACACGUAUCAAGCAUAUUCUGGUCAGGCUUUUAAUUUAGAUAAAAGUCAUAUGUAUUUUGGCCCCAUCCCGGCAGCUAGAAAGCUUCAGAUCAAGGAGGUGUUAAACAUUCCUGAAUGCUGA